AUGGAUGAGGAAGGGAUUGGGAAGGAAGCUGUAAACUAUUUUAGUACCUUGUUUUCGGCUGACCCUGUGGGCGAAUUUCGUCUCCUCCAUGUUAUCCCCAAUCUACGGGAUGUUAUCGAUAAUAAGGGCUUAGAGGAGGUCCCCUCUGUGGAUGAGGUACAGAAGGUGAUUUUUGAGAUGGAUGGUGACAAUGCCGCUGGACCAGAUGGUUCCACAGAAAAAUUUUUUACGUCUGCUUGGGAAAUGGUGGCACAAGAUAUCUACAAGGCGAUUGUGAGCUUCUUCUGUGGGGAAGAGCUUUCUUGCUUCAUUACGGCGACGUCUAUCGUUCUCCUUCCUAAGGUCAUGAAUCCUAAGGACUUUACUCAAUUUAGACCUAUUAGUGUAAGCAACUUUCUGAAUAAGGUUAUCUCUAGAAUUUUGGUAGGGCGGUUUUCAGGGGGGAACUUGGCACUUAAGCUGGACAUAGUUAAGGCGUAUGAUAGGGUCUUCUGGAUGUUCAUCAUUACAGUCUUGCGCCAGUUUGGCUUUAGUGAAAGGUUUAUUGACAUGGUAUGGAGGUUGAUUUCCAAUGUUUGGUUCUCGGUGCUGGUGAAUGGUGUGCCUCAUGGGUUCUUCAAAUCUUCGCGAGGGAUGCGGUCGGUGGGUUGCACGGUACCUAGGCAUUGUCCCCCUGUGUCGCACUUGGCAUUUGCUAACGAUGUUAUGGUUUUUGCCAAUGGGAGUGCGGCUGCAUUGAAGAGAAUCAUGCGGGUAUUGGAGUGGUAUCAGAAUGAUUCUGGCCAGUUGGUUAAUGUGCAGAAGAGUGGGUAUUUAGUGCACCCUUGGACAUCAUCAGCUCGUACUGGAGUGAUUGAGCAGGUUACCAAGUUUCAAAGGAAGCAGUUUCCAAUUCGGCAUCUAGGUGCCCCUUUAUUUGUUGGUAGAGCUAAGGAGGUGUAUUACUCGGACUUAUGCCAGACGGUUCUUGAUAAGAUUUUCUAUGGGGAGCAGUGGGCGAGAAGAAGAAAUUCCAUUGGAUCCGAUGGAGGGACUUGUGUUACCCUACAGAAGAAGGUGGGGCGGGGAUUCGGCCACUCAAUGACACGUAUAGGGCUUUCUCUUGUAGGUUAUGGUGGAAUUUCCGGUGUGGCUUAUCCUUAUGGGCGAGAUUCCUACAUGCUAAGUAUUGCACGGGGAUCCACCCGUGCCAAGUUGCUGCGUCUUGCUUAG